CGCACACAUGAGUGCACAUGCAUGCUGCUCAGACCCAGUGCACUGAUUUCAUCUCUUGCACAAAUAUUUUUUGGAUGGUUCCAAAAAAAAAAGAAGAUAAAUUAGAAAUUUGCUUCUGCAGGAAAGAAGGCUAUUUAUACCCUUUAAAAAAAAAUCACAUUCACUCAGAAUCAAAGUCAUGGUUCAUGGGAAGACGUCGGCUGAGGAGGAGCUGCUGCCGCUGCCUUCUGUGCUGGAGGACGAUGACGCAGGAAGAAAAAGUGAGAAGCUGCAGUUGGGGGAGAAAGCGCUGAGCCAGACGGGGCCAAAAGACCAACCUGACGUUAGCGUGCUAGACGGAGGCGAAAAGGAAGAAGACGAGGAAGAGGAGACUGAAGGAGGAGGAGGAGGAGGAGAGCGUGUGGCCUCCGAUGAAGACUAUGACACAGAUUUGGAGCUGAGAGGUGAGGAGGAGGAAUAUGAUCCAACGGGGAGAACGUGCUACAUGAGGGCGUGCAAAAAGUUUCUGGUGGCGCCUGCGUCUCAUUUCCUUCAGCACAUAAACAAUAGUCAGCUGGACAUGAUGCAUCGUGGUCUGGGGCCUCAGGGCACCAAAGCACUGGCGGUUCCCCUGGUAACCAACACUUCAAUACUGCGGCUGGACCUGAGAGAUAAUUGGAUGGAAGAGAUGGGCGGAGCUGCCAUUGCCGAGAUGUUAAAGGAAAAUUGUUACAUUACAGACGUGGACCUAUCGGACAACAAUCUGGGGGAUUAUGGGGCCCGAGCCGUGGCCAGUAUGCUUAAGGAAAACAGCACCCUGGUGAGGCUCAGUCUAUCAGGAAAUCAUUUCACAGACCAAUCCGCCGAACACCUCGGCCCAGCACUGGUCACCAACGCCAAGCUACAGCACCUCGACCUCAGCUACAAUGCUCUGGGAGAGCGCACAGGUCAAACCCUUGGAGACGCUCUGUCAGAGAACACGGGGCUGAGAUCACUAAGUCUGGCCUGGAACUGCAUUCGCGGGAGAGGAGCUGUGCUGCUGGCCAAUGGCCUCGGGGGAAACAUUUUCCUUCGAACAGUGGAUCUGUCAUUUAAUGGUUUUGGGAAAGAAGGAGCCAUCGCUUUGGGACAGGCGCUCAAGGAGAACAACGUUUUGGAGGAGUUGAACGUCAGUAACAACCGAAUACCCCCUGAAGGAGCCAUCCGCCUCGCCACGGGCCUCAAAGUAAACAAGACAAUCAAACUCCUGAAUAUCGGUAGGAAUCCCAUCCAGACCACUGGAUGCUACGGAAUCCUUAAAUCUAUACAGGAAAACCCGGAUUCAGCCAUGGAGGCUUUAGACUUUUCAGACAUUACAGUGAACCAGGAUUUUGACGACUUGUAUACAGCAGUGAAAGAAAUGUUCCCUGUGCUUAGAGUAAAUCACGGGGGCCGAAUUGGCACAUUCAGAAAAGCAAAAGCUUGAGGAGUGUUACUGUAAUUGCUGUACUUUUAUGCCAGCAGAGAUGGAAGAAGACUUGUCAAAGCCCUAUGGACGUUUUUUUACGGAGAGAUGAGCCAAAGGAUGCCUGCAAAAAUAUCAUCUUUUAAAAAGAUGUUGUUUUCUUUCUUUUUCUUUUUUUUUUUUUUUUAAAGAGCCAUGUGCGCAGAUCCUCCUGAAUAAAAGGAACUCGGAAUAAAUAAAACUUGUUAAAUACCCAAUCAA